AUGGCUGCAAGUGGCCGAGGACUCAGCCGGGGCAUAGGUGCCUCUUCUUGCCCUGCUUGGAGAGGAGCUCAUUGGGAAGCCAGAGGACGCCUAAAGCCUGAGUACGAUGCCGUGGUGAUAGGAGCAGGACACAAUGGGCUGGUGGCUGCGGCGUACCUGCAGAGACUGGGGGUGAACACGGCAGUCUUCGAGAGACGCCCAAUGAUUGGAGGUGCAGCUGUCACCGAGGAGAUCAUCCCAGGGUUUAAGUUCUCCCGAGCAUCCUACCUCCUCAGCCUGCUGAGGCCACAGAUUUACACCGACCUGGAGCUGAAGAAACACGGGCUGAGGCUUCAUCUUCGGAACCCCUACUCCUUCACCCCAAUGCUGGAAGAGGGCACAGGGAACAAGGUCCCCAGGUCCCUUCUUCUGGGCACAGACAUGGCGGAAAACCAGAAGCAGAUUGCCCAGUUCUCGCGGAGAGAUGCGCAGGCCUUCCCCAAAUAUGAGGCAUUCAUGAAUCGGUUGGCAUUAGCCAUAGACCCUCUGCUGGAUGCAGCGCCGGUGGACGCGGAGGCCUUCCAGAGGGGUUCCCUGCUGCAAAGGCUCAAGUCGCUCUCCACCCUCAAACCCCUGCUGCAGGCAGGUCGCGUGCUGGGAGCCCAGCUGCCCCAGUAUUACCAGGUCCUCACAGCUCCAAUUACAAAGGUGCUGGAUCAGUGGUUUGAGUCCGAGCCUCUAAAAGCCACUCUGGCAACGGAUGCUGUGAUCGGAGCCAUGACAAGUCCCCACACUCCGGGGAGUGGGUAUGUGCUGCUACAUCACGUGAUGGGGGGCCUCGAGGGGAUGCAAGGGGCCUGGGGCUAUGUCCAGGGUGGCAUGGGUGCCCUCUCUGAUGCCAUCACCAGCUCAGCCACUGCACAUGGAGCAAGUGUCUUCACUGAAAAGGCAGUGGCCAAAGUGCAGGUGAGCAGCGAAGGGUGCGUCCAAGGAGUGGUGCUGCAAGACGGCUCGGAGGUGAGGAGUAAGGUGGUGCUGUCCAACGCAUCUCCACAGGUCACCUUCCUGAAGCUGACACCACAGGAAUGGCUUCCUGAGGAGUUCGUGGACAGGAUCUCCCGACUAGACACCCAGUCACCUGUUACCAAGAUCAAUGUGGCUGUCGACAGGCUGCCUGACUUCCUGGCGGCCCCCAAUGCUCCCGGGGGCCAGCCACUGCCCCAUCACCAGUGCUCCAUCCACCUGAACUGUGAAGACACCCUCCUUCUCCACCGGGCCUUUGAAGAUGCCAUGGAUGGCCUGCCUUCCCACAGGCCUAUGAUUGAGCUCUGCAUCCCUUCCUCGCUGGACUCUACCCUGGCUCCCCCCGGCUGCCAUGUUGUCUCGCUCUUCACACAGUACACUCCCUACACGCUGGCUGGAGGCAAGGUGUGGGAUGAGCAGGAGAGAAACGCUUAUGCAGACAAAGUGUUUGACUGCAUCGAGGCCUACGCCCCUGGCUUCAAGGGCUCCGUGGUGGGCAGGGACAUCCUCACACCGCCUGAUCUGGAGAGAAUUUUUGGGCUUCCUGGAGGGAACAUAUUCCACUGUGCCAUGACCCUGGACCAGCUCUACUUCGCCCGCCCCGUGCCCCUGCACUCCAGCUACCGCUGUCCUCUCCGGGGCCUGUAUCUCUGUGGCAGCGGUGCCCACCCUGGAGGAGGCGUCAUGGGAGCCGCGGGACGCAAUGCAGCCCAUGUCGUCUUCAGAGACCUCAAGAGCAUGUGA